AUGUCUACCUUUUAUUACCCCUCUUCCACACUCGACGUUCCUUCCAGCAAGUCGAGUGCCUCUGGGGAGUUCUUCCCAGAGAGCCGGCGAGGCAGCUGCACCGACAGCCUGUUUUCGGACCGGUCCGGUUCAUCUUCGAUUACCCUCGUUUCUUCAACGGGGCAGCCAAGGAAACACUCCCUCUCCGGUCUGGAGCUCCCUCUUCGCCAGUCCCACGACACAAGCUGUCACCUCUGCGGGUACCCGGUACAGCCUAUCCCCAUCCCCGCCGCCUCCGCACCCGACCUAGCCAUUGAAGGCCGGCCCUUCCCCAUCAACGCGACGCGUGACCUCGUCAUCGACCACCUCAAACCCCUGCUUGCGUCGGUCGCCAGUAGGGGCAGGAACCUACGCAUCGUCGGUCUCCUCAUGUCCGAGGAUGAGGGAUGCGCGAUGUACUCCAAGAUGACGGGUGUGAACUGCGGGAAGCUUCAGGUGGACUAUGAAGUACGGGACAUGCGGUCACAGCGGGACAUGGCGGUGCUUCAGGCGGAGAUCAAGCGGCUGAACGAGGAUAUGGAGGUGGAUGGGUUGAUCUUCUACACCCCUUGCUUUGGCGUGGAGCAGGACAAGGAGAUUCGAUCCUGGAUAUCCCCUCGUAUCGAUGUCGAAGGCUUCCACCCCUCGUACUGGUCCGAGGCGACUCGCAUUGCCCCUCCCCUUCUCACCGAAAAUACCAAUUCUGCAUCCCUCGCAGACGCACCGAUUUACCCCUGCACACCGCUCGCCGUUGUCCGCGCUCUUCAGCUUCAGGGGCUGUACAACGUCUCUGCUCCAGCUGGAUCUAGGCUGGCUGGGAAGGUCGUGACUGUUGUCAACAGAUCUGACACCGUCGGUCUUCCCCUCGCCAGCAUGUUCGUCAACGAGGGAGCCCUCGUCUUCUCCAUCGACAUCACCUCGACACAGGUUUGGGAGAGCCACAACCCAUCCCUCGGACCGUGUAUCUCCAACACCAUCCUCGACACCAACACCAUCUACUCCAUGUCCGACGUCGUGGUCUCUGCCGUCCCAUCUCGCGCAUUCAAAAUCCCCACCUCGGCACUCAAACCCGGCGUCGUGGCCAUCAAUGUCGCAAGCGGGAUGAACAACUUUGAGGCGGACGUCAAGACAAAGGCGAGCAGGGCAGCGGAGCGGAUGGGGAGUUUGACGGUCAUGAUGCUGGUGAUGAACGCGCUGGCACUGCGAGCGAGGUCGGUCUUUGAGUAG